CUCUCAUCUUUCUCAAGCGCACUAUGGCUCCCCCGGUUACAGUUGGAUGGUGUGGUCUCGGUGCCAUGGGGUCAGGAAUGGUCUCAAGCCUCCUGGCGCAGAAGUUUACGGUCAAAGCCUAUGACAUUUACCAACCGUCGGUGGAUGCGGUUGUUCAGAAAGGAGCUAUUCCCUGUAGCGACCCCAGAGAAGCCGCUACGGAUGUCGACGUCUUGGGCCUCAUGGUGGUCAACGCCGCCCAAGUAGAAGACAUUGCGAAUAAGGUUUCAGACGUCCUCAAGCCGAACACCUCGGUCAUCUGCUUCUCAACGGUCCCUCCAACCUUCCUCUCGACUCUGCAAACCCAGCUCGACAAAGCUGGGAGAGGCAUCCAGCUGGUUGACGCCCCUGUUUCCGGAGGGUUUAUUAGAGCCGCCGAUGGUGAACUGAGCAUCAUGGCAGCCGGCGUAGACGAGGCCCUUAAGAAGACCGGCCCCGUUCUCGAUGCUUUGACUCGCUCCCCUGGGAAGCUGGCUGUUGUUGGAACACAAGUCGGACAGGCAAGCGAUUUCAAGCUCAUUAACCAAGUACUUUGCGCGAUCCAUAUCGCUGCUGCUUCCGAGGCCAUGGCGCUGGCAGCCAAUCUUGGCGUCAACCCUCGGAAGCUGUACAACGCGCUGAAGGACUCAAGCUUCAUGUUUGGGCAUCGAGUGCCUUGGCAGCUGAGAGAUGAUGGCCUGCCGAAGUCAGCAAUGACCAUCAUUUGCAAAGACGUCGGAAUCGUCAUGGACGAGGCCCGCCUGAUCGGUUUCCCCGCCCCUCUGUCAUCCACCUCAGAGCAGCUGUUUAGUGCAGCACUUGGUGCCGGUCUAUCCAAAGAUGACGAUGCCAACUUGGUCAAGCUGUGGCAGAAGUUUGGGGGCAAGUCGGUUGUCGAAUCUGGAACGAUCGAUGAGGAGGAAGCCAUUGCUCGAGCCGCAGUUGGUGGCGAAGAGCACAUUGCAACAGUCUCAAAGUUGCUUUACGCCGUCCACACUGUCGCUGCGGCUGAGGCUUUGGCCUUUGCUCGACAGAAAAACAUGAACCUUGAAGCUGUGUUCGACGUGGUGUCCACUUCGGCCGCCUCGUCGCAGCCCUUGGUUGCCUUCAAGAACGAACUGUCAUGGCCGAACGACUACUCGCCUAAGGCGGGCCAAUUGUCUGUCCAAGCACUCCUCUCUCAGCUUGACCAAGUUCUUGUGGAGGCAAAGCGAACCUCGACACCCCUCUUCCUCACACAAGCAGCUUAUCAGCAGCUGAUUGUGGCGUCUAGAAAGGGAUGGGGGGGCGAGGGAGCAAGCGUGGUUGGGAGGCUUUGGAGUCAGUAGGGAAGUAUUAGACGCCUGUAGAUUGUUCACAAGACCGCGAUGUAGUAAGUGUCAACUCC